AUGAAUUUUAAAAAGUAGCAAAAGGAUUAGUUGAUAUUUAGUUCAGAAGAUAGUUUGAAUUCAAACAAUUCAUUUGCCUCUUCUGUUGAAGAUAAUGAUUAGGAAGAUUUUAAUAACAAUUUUAUGAAUCUGAAGGAUUAAAUGGAUCACUUUUUCUCCCAAAACCCUCAAUUAUAAGAUGCUAUUAAAUUUGAACCUUUUAAAGAACCUAAUUCAGAUGAAGAGGACUAAAAUUUAAAUUAGGGUAUUGAUUAGUAAUAAAAUCAUCAUAAGCCCACAGGUUUUGAUCCAUAUGGAAAUCUUAAAAAAUCACCAAAAAAAGACAAACAAAGCUCAUUAAUAGAGCAUAGAAAUUUAGAAGAAGUUGAUAGGAAAAAAAAAAUAGCACUAGAUUCGGACAACAACAGUGAAUCUGAAAGUCCUAAAAAGAAUAGAGAGGUUAAGUUUAAUUUAGAAAAUUAAAAAAAAGAAAAGUCGAAGUUGUGGACAUCUAUGACUAAAGAUAUAAUCAGAAUGGGCUAAUUCGGUUGUAAAACACCAACACUUGAAACUGUUAAUCAUCGUCUAAAUAUUUUCAAAAGCAAGAUAGAAAAAAUUGAUUAUUUGGAAUAUUUGUAAAAGGAAAUGACUUAAACAGCAGGUGGCCUACUUUCUUAGUAGUAAGCUGGUCAAACGGCUAAUGGAUAAAAUCUUUAAUACAGUACAAAUCAAAAUGCAGCUGCCUCUUCAUAAACCAAUAACAAUGGAGACCAAGCAGAUGAAGAUGGGAAUUUAGCAAAUAAACAAUCAGAGUAAGAAGAAGAUGAUGAGAAUAUUGGAAGAGAUUCUGAAGGAAAUAUUAUUUAUUUUAGUUUUAAAAAGCGUAUGUAGAUGGAAUUAAGAUAAAAAGUUGAAAAAUCUCGUAAAAUUUAGGAAGAAGAAUAAAGACUAAAAAGCAGUGAGAUCAAGCAACGUUCUGGAGAUAGAAGAGUUAAUCUGACCGGAAGAGGAGUUUCUGAUGCUUUAAAGUUGAUAAAACAAUAGCAACUUAUAGAGAAAAAAAAGAGAGCUAAUUCAGAAGAUGAGUUUAGGAACAAAAGAAAAAGUUUCACAGGCCUUAAAUCUGAGAAAUCUAUGGAAAAUGAAGAAAAAAAAUUGCAAUUUGCUGAUAAAGAUUAAAACCUAAAUUUCUAAACAAGAAUUGGUAUUGCUCUAUAUUAAACUUAUCAGUAAUGUGCUGGAGAUAAGGAAUCGUUUAAGAAAACAGCUAACUUUAUCUUGAAGGAUUAUAAUAAAACUAAGGCAUCCUUUUUUAAGAAGAAACCAUUUCCUCCUCAAACAACAAAAUUCACAAACGAAGAAACUAAAAGUUUAAAUGUUUAUCUGCCAGAUUUCUCUUCUAAUUUAUAUGCACCAAAUAAAAACAAUCUGUUCGCUAAUAUAGAUGCUUUUGAACUUCCUCCUGGAACUCCCGAAGGUGAUUUCAUCUAAAUUGUUGAUAAAAUUCUAGAUGGAGCUGUUCUUCGUUUUUGGAAAGAGUCAUAAAACUAACAAGAUUGA